AUGGUGCAGAAAUUGAGCAGACCGUCUCCAGAUUUUCUCAAAGGCCUUAAGAGCAUUUUGCAAGGCGAUCAUCCUUCUCUCAAGCAGCUCGAACAAGAUAUAAAUAUAUUUUAUAUGAAUCAAAGACAGAGCCAAUCAAUGUUGGAGGAACGAAAGCUUUAUGUGGCGUUGGUUCGAAAAUACCUGAAAUCCGAAGGAGUUACCAAACAACUCGCUUCGCAAGGAAUCAAAUUGCGUGGACUUAGCGUUUUUGGAAGUUUCCCGACGCACUGUGCCUCGAAAGACAGCGAUCUUGAUCUGUGUGUGUGUGCGACGGCAACAGGAAAUAAAAAACAACUGCCGGUAAUCAUUCUUCAAGCCAUUUUUCGAGACAUGAUGUACAGUAAGGAAGGGCAGAACAUUUUUGGAGAGAAUGUCGUCAGCGGAAUUUCGUUUGUGCAAACGGCAAAGGUUCCGAUCAUCCGAUUCAAAAUCAACGAUGUGCCAGUUGAUUUGAGUGCAACAUUCGAUGAUAAUCCUCGAACAAGUCUCGCCGCAAAGUAUAUCAAUGCUUACUGCCAACUCGAUGAUCGCUUCAAAAUUCUCGUGAUGUUUUUGAAAAAAUGGAUGAAAUCAGAAGGGAGAGCUGAAGAUCAUUUGCGAAUUUACCCCAACUCAUACUCGAUUAUUCUUCUGCUCAUUCAUGUUUUGCAAUGGUAUGAUAUUCUACCGAAUCUUCACCAGACCCACAGUGAUCUUUUUCAUCGCGGCAAUUUCAAAUUGUCGGACUUGGCGGAACUACGUCACGAGUUCAAAUUUCCUCUUGAUGAAAACACUAUUUCAAUGCAUAGAAAGAGACCAUCGAAUGAUCUCACUGUUGUUCAGCUUCUCUACCUUUUCGCUUGUCAAUACUCCAACCAUGUGGUAUUGCUGAAUUAUCGAUUCAAUAUGCGAAAUGGUGAAAUUGAAGCUCUAUCUCAAAAGGAUCAAGACUAUCAGAUCACUAUUCUCGACGCCUACGAUGUGCGAAAUCCAGGAAGAAGUGCGCGGAAUGCUUUGGAUCUUGUGAAAACUCUCGAAGCAUUGAAAAGCUUGUUGGUGCAGCCCCAUGAAGGAAUGUUCAAAACUGUCAUGGAAAUCACAAGGAAUAGAACGUAUGAGAGAGUAGUACCGCCUCCACAAGUUCUCUAUCAGGACUAUGACAUGCAGUUUGGUGCUGAUCCAUACAAUAUGCCAUUGGUCGGGUCUGUCGAGUAUCAGCAAUGGCUAGAACAGGUGGCAAUGCAUCAUCAGAUUCAAAUGAUGCAAGGACAAAUGAUGCAGCAGCAAAUCGUCUUCACAGCACCGGAGAUGUAUUACUACUCACAACAACAACAACAACCACACCCGAUCUUCGGGAUUCAACAAUCUUCCCAAUUCUUCUGAAAGUUUGCCGUUCGGGUAAAUAAUUUGUGUACAUUGUGCAUUGUACUGUGUAUUUUAUUUUCCACUUCUAUGAGUUUCAAGAAAGCCACAUUCAUGCGAGAUCAUUUCAUAUUAAUGUGCCUCCCUUUAAACUCAUAGAAGUGGAAAAUAAAAUACACUCGAGUUGUGUAAAUCAUUUGUAAAUUUUUUUUCGACUCACUUGUUUUUGUUUAGAAUUCAUAUAUACCGGUCUGAAUGUUGACCAUUUGUUUUUUUUUUCACAUACCCGUUCCUUUUCCCGAUAUGCCAUGACAUUUUUCUCUGCCUCUCGUUUUUUCUUCGUUCUUUAUUUUCGUUCUUUAUAUUUCAAUAACUACUUUUCUCUCUUUGUGUAAUAAAUAUUUUUUUUGUGUU